GCGGCUGCGGGGCGAGCGCGGGCUGCGGGGCGAGCGCGGGCUGCGGGAUGGGGCCCCCGGAGAGCGCGGCGGAACUCGGAGCCGACGCGGUGGAGCUGCGCGAGCCGGAGCUGUGCGAGCCGGAGGCCGCGUCCCCCGACGACGAGCACACGGAGGACGCCCCCGGCCGCGGCAGGUGCUGGCCGUGUGGAGCCUGGGCGUGCUGCUCGCGUGGGGAGCCGGAAGCCAAGAAGAAAGCACCCUGUCCUGGACUUGGCUUGUUUUACACAGUGUUGUCUGCCUUCCUUUUCUCAGUGGCCUCUUUAUUUGUUAAAAAAGUGCAAGACGUCCAUGCUGUAGAGAUCAGUGCAUUUCGAUGUGUGUUCCAAAUGCUAGUUAUUAUUCCUUGCUUAAUAUACAGAAAAACUGGGUUCAUAGGUCCCAAAGGUCAACGACUUUUCCUUCUUCUCAGAGGGGUCUUUGGUUCCAGUGCCAUGAUCCUUAUGUACUAUGCUUUCCAGACGACGUCCCUCGCAGAUGCCACAGUUAUUGCAUUUAGCUGUCCAGUGUUUACAUCAAUAUUUGCUUGGAUAUUUCUCAAGGAAAAGUAUAGCCUUUGGGAUGCUUUCUUCACAUUGUUCGCGUUCGUUGGAGUGAUCCUUAUCGUGAGACCGCCAUUUUUAUUUGGCUCCGACACUGGGAUGAGAGAAAGCUAUUCAGAGCACAUUAAGGGGACGUUUGCUGCAAUUGGACAUGCUGUGCUAGCUGCAAUGACUCUGGUUAUCCUAAGAAAAAUGGGAAAAUCUGUGGACUACUUUCUGAGCAUUUGGUAUUAUGUCAUACUUGGCCUUCCUGAGUGCAUCAUCAUCCUCUUUGUCAUAGGAGAAUGGAGUCUCCCGUAUUGUGGGCUGGAUAGGCUGUUUCUCAUACUCAUUGGACUCUUGGGUUUAGGGGGUCAGAUAUUUAUCACUAAAGCAGUUCAAAUAGAAAAAGCGGGCCUCGUAGCAAUAAUGAAGACAAUGGAUAUAGUCUUUGCUUUUAUCUUUCAGAUCGCUUUCUUUGAUAAUAUGCCGACCUGGUGGACGGUGGGUGGGGCUCUCUGUGUAGUAGCCAGUACUACUGGAGCAACCAUUCGUAGAUGGGUCCAGAGUUCCAAAUGAGAUGUCACUGUCAAAGAAAUCGAUAUUUUUUUCAAGUAUGCCAUCACCCAGCUCAGACAUCUUACACACCUACACACAUACCUGGAAAAUCUGCAUUAUUCAUUGGUUAUAUUUAAUAAAUUUCAUAAAUAAAGUA